GCAACUCCAAACAUUUCCUAAGUUCCUCUUCCUUCAAGCAGAAUCAUUUCCAGAGAGAUACAAGAAAUGGCACCUUUCAACAAACUAAAAAAUGUGCUAGUGCUGGCGUUUGACUGGAUUCUGUACAGUGCUGGUGUUGCAGACAACUGCCAAGUCACUGUAACACAACCCAGAGUUCAGGAAGCUGAUUCCUCCAUGGACACUGUGGUCCUAACCUGUGCUUUCUCUGCCUCUGGAUGCUCCCAGUCCCCACCUGAAGUUCUGUGGUUUCGCUUUUUAACCAACACACAUCAGGAUUUGUGCACUCCUGGAUGCACAGACCAGCAGAAGUACAAAGUACGUUUAUCAGAGAGUAGCACUUCACUUGAGAUCAAAAACCUGACUGUAGAAGACAGUGCUGUUUAUAUCUGUGGAAUUGCCUUCUCAGAUUCACUUUCACCCCGUUCCAAACAAACAGGAGAUGGAACAGUACUGAUGAAAACAGGAGAGCAGCAGAGCAGUGGGAAAGUUGCCUUCACCUCCAUGAUCAUCAUCUCAGCCCUGCUGUUCGUGUACAGCUCUGCUGUGUUCACGUUCUUUGCGGUCUACAAGUUAAAACCAAAGCUGCUAAAGAAAAGUGGAAGACCAGAGAACUGUAAAAUAAAUAGUGGACGAAAAGUUUUUCAAGCAAUUGCCCAAGAACUUCAAAAGCACAGGUUUGCUGAGCACUGCCAACAGCCUGAUGGCCUGGAAGAUGACACUGUUUACCAGAACAGAUGAGCACGUGCAGCACUUCAGGCCUGUUCGGUGUCUGCCGUGCAAGCAAAGGGGCAGCUGAAGAAGUGAAGCUUUUUCUCAGAUCUCCUUUGCUUUAAAGGGAGGUGAAGGGCUCUGCCCUGCAAGGUUUCCUCAGGAGGAUUUUCUGAACAGCUCACCAAACCCAAGGGCACUGUGCAUGAUCCCUGUGUUACAGAUUCCACUGUCCGUGCUGCAGGAAUGAGAACUGUGGGAAAACGGUCCCUCUCUCAUGAGACAACUGCUGAUGCUUAUGAAAAAUUUCCUUUUUCAGUUUAGAUUUAAUUUUAUGUCUUUUUUUUUCCUUUUUACAUAAACUUGUAUGUAUUCCUUUGACAUGAAUUGAGCAUUUGUGAAAGAUGUAUGAUAAUUGACAGCAACAGAAAAUAAACUUGUUUCAUAG